AGGACAUCAUUUUUGUUAAUCCUUUGGAUGAUUAACUUUCAUCAAUCAAUAGAAAAAUGGAUGAAGCAUCAAAUAAAAGACUAGAUCAAUUGACUUCGUAUGGAAUGAUUAAUAAUAAAAAAUUAGCUUGUCAAUACAUUGCAAAUACCGCAAACAAGGGUGUAUGGUAUGGAGAUAAUCCCCUCCAUGCAACCACAUCUAUUCUAGUAUUCCAAAUUAUUCUUAUGUUCUUUGUUAGCAGACUCACUCAUUUCUUGUUAAGCCCUUUUCAUCAAACUCUUCUCAUUGCACAAAUUCUGACCGGUAUCAUAGUUGGUCCAUUAGUCUUUGGUCGACACGAUACAAGUUUUGAGAUACUAUUUCCAGCAUCAAGCAUAAUGACACUUUCAACAUUUGCAGAAUUUGGAAUUAUUAUUUAUUUCUUUAAGAUGGGAGUGCAAAUAAAUUACAAGCAACUGAUGAGGAUUGAAAAACGUGCAGUAAUAAUUGGAGUAUUUGGCCAUAUAUCUGCUAUAGCAUUUGGCCUAUUCGUUUUAAGUAUUGUUGAAAGGAUAUCACCUUUAGGAUCUGAAAAAUAUGAAAUUGUAGGUUUAAUAUUUUUUGGGGCAUUAACCUCAUGUCCAGUUAUAAGUAACUUCUUGAGUGAAAUGAACAUUCUAAGUUCAGAAAUUGGAAGAAUGGCACUAUCAACAUCAAUGGUUAGUGAUGCAUGUAUGUGGAUAAUUUAUUUUAUCAUACUAACUGGAGCUAAAGCAGUUGGAGACAAAUCAUUUCAAGUUCUUAUAGAAAGGGCUUUAUCAUUUUUAUUUUUUGGAAUCUUAUAUUAUUUGUUAAGGCCAUUGGUUAUAUGGAUCGCUAACCGCGAAACGGAAAGAAAAUCCAUGACACAAGGCCAAUUUUUGUGUAUAAUUUGUAUAAUUUUGUUCAUUGGAUUCUUCGGAAUAAUUGUGGGACUACCUACUUUCAUGACUGCCUUUUGGUUUGGUGUGAUUUUGCCUGAUGGUCCUCCUUUAGGUUCUAUUCUGGUUGAAAAGCUUGAUAUCGUUGGUUCUACCUUGAUUGUACCAGCUUAUUGUACUAUUAGUGGUUUAAGGACAAGUGUUCCUAAAAUAGUAGGAUCAAAAACACCUUACAUGGAGGUUGUUAUCAUUGCAGUAUAUGCAGGAAAGUUUCUUGGAACCAUAUUACCAUCACUUCAUUAUCAUAUUGAAUUUUGGGAUUCUCUUGCUUUGGGUCUAAUCAUGUGUUGCAAAGGUUUAAUGGAUCUAUCUAUGUUCAACAUAUUAUUAAAUGCUAAGAAUCUAGGUGAAGUUUUGUACACUCUAAUGGUAUAUACAAUGGUGCUGAUGACAGGAUUCGCGAGUCUAAUUGUUUAUUACAUAUAUGACCCUUCAAGGAGAUACAGAGCCUAUAUGAGAAAAUCAGUAAAAGACUCAGAAAGAGAUUUUGAUUUCAAAGUACUGGUAUGCAUUCACAAUGAAGAAAAUGUUUCUCCAAUGAUUGACCUUCUUCAAGCCACAAACCCAACAAACACAUCACCUAUUUCAGUCUUUGUUCUACAUCUCAUGGAAUUAUCAGGAAGAGCAGCUUCAAUUAGUACAAAAAAUGAGUAUGCUCAUAAAUCAAAUUAUUAUAAAGAUACUUCAACUCAAACUAUAAGCAAUGUGUUUAAUAAAUUUCUCUUACACAACAAAGAAUGUAUCACGUUGAAACUUUUUACAGCAAUUGCACCACAUGCUAGCAUGCAUGAUGAUAUAUGCUACAUGGCAAUGGAUACAAAAUCAAACAUCGUGAUUGUGCCAUUUCACAGACAAUGGUCAAUGAAUGGAACUGUUGAAGUUUCCAAUGCUUCAAUUAGGUUGGUGAACCAAAGACUACUAAACAAAGCUCCAUGUUCGAUCGGCGUCUUAAUCGACCGAAGCCAAAUGAGUGGAAAAUUAGAAGUUGAACACAAAAAGUGUUUCUGUAAAAUUGCUAUGAUUUUCUUAGGAGGCCCAGAUGAUCAAGAAGCAUUGGCUUACGGUAUGCGAGUCGCGGAACAUCCGAACAUAAGACUCACCGUGAUUUGGGUGAGAUGCAAAGCGCAGCAAAAGAAUUGUAGCGUAAAGAGUCCUUACAUUGAUAUGAUGGAACAUAUAAAGUAUAGAAGUAACCUUAAAGACAAAGUUUAUUUCAACGAGGAAGUUGUGGAAGAUGGUGAAGGAACGACACAAGCUAUUCGUAUGAUGGAAAAUAUUUUUAAUUUAGUUAUAGUGGGCAGACAUCAUAUACCAGAUUCUCCAUGUACUUUGGGAAUGACAGAAUGGUGUGAACUUCCUGAGCUUGGGCCUAUUGGGAACCUCUUAGCAACAUCAGAUUUUACAUUUUCUGUUUUAGUUGUGCAACAACAACCCUUGGAUAAACAUUUUAGAUAA